GUCCUGAAUAGCCAGAGCGUUUCUAACAGUCAACAACUCGAAUAAUCCUUACCUUACAUUAGAAUAAACGAAGGACGACUGGGAAGUCAGCGCUAGGAGGAUAAGAUGUGUAUUUCCUGUACCAUAUAAACACACUGUAUCUUAUCGAAGAUGCGAGACACACUACGACGAGUGUUAUUCAACUUGGCUCUUUUGACAGUGAUUCAGAUCUCCUCUUCUCAAGUUCACGGCAAUGUCAGUAUGUGGUCAACUUGGAGUCCAUACUCUUCUUGUUCGUGUGGCAUAACUUGGAAAUUAAGAACAAGAAUUAGAACCUGCACCAAUUAUCGUCCAGCAUUAGGAGGAACGUUUUGUUCCGAGCGUCUGUUUGAGAUAGAAUCGGGAAGCUGUGCUUUCGUGCCAUGUCCAGGUGAAGAUUGGCUGUCUGAGUGGUCAGCCUGGAGCUGUCCACACUGUACGGCUACCUGUAGAGGAGUUGUUGGAACAGUCACAAGGAACAGAACAUGCAUCAAGGCAGACAAUACCAGCAUCGGCUGUACAGCAAAUCUAACCGACAGUGAAACGCGGGGUUUUGGUCCAAGUAAAUGUCCAGUGUCGCCUAUAGAGAGUGGUGUCAUCGGGGGAGCGGUAGGAAUUGCUUUAACGUUGUUGCUGAUUGGUGGACUGGCCACAUGUCUGCUACGAACGGGAAGAUUGACAUGGAGAUCAUCUGCGUGCACAGAUUCUGCAGACGGGAGACACACGACCGAUACAGGUGACACUGGGGAGAUUCAUGCACAUGCGCAUAUGUCGGGCGUUACUAGUCACGACUACGCUGAACUGAAUGACUUCACAAGAGUGAGAGAUCAGAUGCCAACGUAUGAAGUCAUUAAAAGGAAAUCAAAACUGAGAAAAACACAUUAUUGAUCAUGUCUGCCCCCUGCUGUCAUGUAAAGAAGAACACGUUAUUCCCGCAUGGAUAUACACACACACAUGGCACAAUGACAAAUCUUUGUAUGUGACAUUUUGACUUGAAAACAUAAUGUGGUAUGCAUAAUGAAAUGUAAGGAUAUGAUUCCAACAAAUCACUUCAACAAAAGAUUUGUUUGUUUGUUUGUCUGUUGUUUAACGCCUCACUCAGCAAUAUUCCAGCUUUAUGACGGCGGUCUGUAAAUAAUCGAGUCUGGACCAGACAAUCAAGUGAUUGA